GACUGUAGGUCCGAAAAUCGUCGAUCAUCGUUGGUCAUCGGUUUCUAUCGCCGCGCGAGAAUAUAUAAAGGAGGUACACGUGCCUGACUGACAUACACUCAUCACGGUGCACGCGGUCGUCGUGGGUGGGAUCCGGCUCGGCUACGUCGGAGUCGCUGUCAAACUGUUGUUGGCCUGCCGUCGAAAGUUCUCGAAAAUUCCAUAGCGAACGCACGCUAGGUGAAACCGGAGCGAUUUAAUCGCAUAUACGUGCUUAAGGACACCGUACGCGUCACGUCAACGGUAGAGAGAGGGAGGAGGAGGUGAUACGCGCAGCGCCUGCAAUCUCUCGCGAGAUCCUCGUAGCCUCUAUUCAUUUUGGCUGAGUCAAGAUAUUUAAUAAGGGAGGAACACAAGGCGUAAAAUUGGAAUGGAAUUUCCAAAUAUAGGAGAGCAUUGCUCCGAGAGCACAUGCAAUCGCUUGGAUUUUUUACCUCUCAAGUGCGACGCCUGCCAGGCAAUCUUUUGCACGGAUCAUAUAACUUAUGCAAGUCAUGGCUGCCCUAGCGCGUACAAGAAGGACGUGCAGGUGCCUGUGUGCCCGCUGUGCGACGUUCCUAUACCGAUAAAACGCGGCGAUCUGCCCGACGUGGCCGUGGGGCUGCACAUAGACAACGACUGCAGGGAGAGCCGUCGGAAGGUGUUCUCCAACAAGUGUUCCUCGAAGGGGUGCAAGGUCAAGGAGAUGGUGCCGGUCAAGUGCGGCGAAUGCGGUGCCAAUUUUUGCCUGAAGCACCGACACCCCACCGAUCACGCCUGCAUCGGGGCGGAGGAGGCGUUGAGGCUGCGCCGACUGGAGGCGCUGAACAAGCGGGGUCAAACGACAAUAUCGCAGAGCAGCGGCAACAGCAAUUCGCAUCCCUUCCGUAGUCUUCAGGGGACGAUGACCGAGGACGAGGCGUUGGCCCGAGCACUCCAGGCUUCCCUAGACGACGAGGAGCGUAGCAGACGUAUGUUACAACCAGUGCCUUCUGGAAACCGAGAUAGAUGUAGACUUUCGUAACUAUCUACACAUUAUUUUAUAUCGUAGAGAAAAAAGCUCCCUCUUUGUUUCCUGAAAAUCCGUGGACAUGAAGAUACGAUAUUGUAAUUCUUGAAGCUAGCGUCAGAAUGUGCGCAGAUUCGUGAUUCGUGACUCACUAGUCUGCGAAUAGUGCGAAUAAGCAGAUUCAUCGAGCUCGCAUUCGCUGCUUAUCACUCGAUUCGUAUAGCAUGUUUUCUAACGAAAUUAUAAAGUGCAAAUCAUCACAAUCACGAAUCAAUCGAUUUAUACAUAGAGAGUUGAUUCAUAUAUGAAUAUAUUAUUGAUUAUACAAACAAUUGCGAAUAGCGUACAUUCUACCGCCAGCCUAAAGGACGCACACAUUUGAAAACACAUGCAACGGAAGUUACUUAAGUAUUACAUUUGUUGCCUCUAUCCAUUUUUGAUCUGUUAUGUAUAUUGUUAUAGAUAUAACUGGCUGGUUAUACCUAUAACCCGUUGUUAUGUUAUAUGCAUAGAAACUGAAACGCGUUUAUAAAAAUUGCUCACGUAAUUAAGCACACUAUCGCUAAGCAUCUUAUGGGAUUCCUAAGCAAAAUUGUAUAUCAAAGCAUCUUGUCCUAAAGAGAAGUUAUUCGUCAUUAAAUAAGAUUUUACGUUAA